AGCAAAUGUCAUCGUCUACGACACUACAAUAUAUACAAUGUUUACGUCGUAAUAUAGUCACUGAGAAGUAGGAAAAUGAAGUAAAAACUAGGUGCCUUAACACUGUGAUGUUCCGCCAUGAGCCACCAUCCACACUUCAUAACUACUGGAGGGAUGAAAACUCUUAAUAAUACAAAGUAAUACAAAGUAACAAAUUAACAAACAGUUACUGUAACUGCAGGGGAACCUUUUUAAAAGGAAGCCUAAAGAGGAAGUUACAAGAUGGCGACAACGAUGCAGUUUGUCUUUGUUCUCUUCAUGUUGAUCUCAACUGGAGUGUGUGAUCCUGUUUUUAAGCUGGUUAACAGUUCUCUUCAACUGAAUGUAUCAAAAAAGCUUGAUGAUGAUCUCACUUGGUCAUUGAACCAAACACCCAUUGUAAAAUAUAUUAAAAAAAUAAAAGAUUUUAUUGAAUAUGGAAGGUUUGAACACAGGGUGGAAUUUGACACUGAAACCCACAGUCUUACACUGUAUAAUGUACAGAAGGAUGAUAGUGGACUCUAUGAAGCAGAAUAUUCUGGUGUUGUGAAAAAAGAAACUGCUGCUACGCAUGAAAUAAAUGUUUUAGAUCCAGUGACAAAACCAGUCCUUAAGACCUCUUGCUCGCUAAACAAUUACACUUUCACUUGUGAAGCUCAAGACCUCUCAAUCACCCGUUCCUGCAACAUCAACGAGUGUGAUAUAAAGGAAGCCAAUAAAAAUGACAAGUUCCAUUCCCUCACAAUGAACAUCAGUAACACCUCAAUCAUUUGUAAUCAUAGCAACCCUGUCAGCUGGGAAAAUACAACUAAGAAGAUAAAACUAAUGACACAACACUGCACUUCAGAAGGUUCUGAGAAACCUACGGAUUCUUCUAACAUAAUAUUGAUUGCCGUAGUCAUCAGCAUAGUAUUGCUUGCCAUCUUAAUCAUCGGCAUCAUCUGCUGGAGGAAGAAACGUGAGACAAGAGAUUUGGUCAACACGGUCUAUGAAGAAGUUGAUCCUAUGAAGAAGGGAGAAAAUAAUGCACAGUCAGUCGAGAUGUCAGAGAAGCCUGAACAUCCUGGUACUGUUUACUGUACUGUCGGGAAGCCAGCCGAGGCUUGUAGUAAUGAUGAGAGCACUGUAAGAACUGCAAAUCCUGGCAACAAGGUAAUGAAGAGAAUGAGAAGUAAGGAGAACUGCGAUGACCAGAAUCUCUGUGAUACUCCAGACAAAAUUCAGAAUCAAGGAACAGGAAAUGCGUAUGAGGAGCUGGAAUCAUCAUUACCUCAAACUAUUUAUGCCACAGUGAACAAGGGUUUUAAACCCAUGUAGAAAGUACAACUGGAUGAAAAAAACGUUAUAUUACUUUAGUGUGAUUUUAAAUACCGUUUCACUUAUCUGAAACUAAAUUGUAAUUAUUACUAUAUACAACAAACACAUGUACUGUGGUCCUGCUAGAAGUAUACAUAGGUUAUCAGCAUCUCCAUAAAGAUUAUGGAGUCCAGAUAUUAUCCAGAUAAAGGCAUGAAGUACUUUCAAAGCUCCUGGCAGACAGCUGCGUUAACUUUGGACUUAACAACACAUUGGACCAACCGACUGUAGAAGCUUCACACUGGACUUUAAGCUCCUUGAAUUCUGUGCCUCUCCACUCUUCCUUCAGACUCUGGACUCUUGAUUCCCAAAUUAAAAUGCAAAAUUUACUAUCAUUUGGACCACCGAUCAGUGGUCCAGUUCUUUUUGUCUUUAGUCCAAGUUAGACACUCCUGAUGUUGCCUCUGGUCCAGGAGUGGAUUGAUAUGCAGCAGCUGAAGACAUCUGUGCAUGAUGGCUUGUAAUGUCCUGACUCCAGCCUUACCUUACUCCUUGCGAAGCUCCCAAGGUCUUGAAUCAGCUUUGCUUGAUAAUCUUCUUAAGACUGGAGAUACUUUGUUGCUCGUGCUGCACAUUUUUCCUUUUUUAAAACAUGUCUCAAUUUAUACCAAUUUAAAUCAUAAUUUUAUCUUGUUUUUAUUGUCUGGGUUAUUUCUGCGUAUAUUAAUACGCUUUUCAUUUUAAUAUUUGUCAAGUUAAAUCAGCUUUAUAAAAUUUUUCUGUGCAUAAAUCACCCAUACAAUAUUUAAAUCAUUCAUAGUUUAAGAGGUUAUUGUCAUUAUCAAUAUAUUGUUCCCUUAAAACCCAUGUGACACAGAUACAUGUUGGCAACUCAUCCAUCUUUCUAUCAGUUAUCACCCAAAUGAGGAUGGGUUCCCUGAUUAAGUCUGAUUCCUUUCAAGGUUUCUUCCUAUUGCCAUCUUAGGGCGUUUUUCCUUGCCACCGUUGCCGUCACCCUUGGCUUGCUCAUGAGAGACAUUUCAUUCAUCAUUUAUUCAUCUCAUUAUUAUCGAGACACAUUUUUCUCACACAUGCACACUUCCAAAUAUUUUCUUUUCUAAAAAAAUUAUUUCAUUUUUGUGAAGCUGCUUUGAGACAAUGACCAUUGUUAAAAGCGCUAUAUAAAUAAAAUUGAAAUUGAAACUCAGCACAGGUCAAUGACGAUAAAAAAAAUAUGUAUAUGUGCUUAUAUAGAAAUCUUUCUGGAGUGUGUUAAUGAGGAGACUUCAGACUUCAAUCUGUGUAUUUGGGUUUCCGGAUAUGUCAGAUAGAACAAAAGUUAUCAU